GCAGGAGGAUUGCUGUGAGUUGGAGACCAGCCUGCGCUAUGUAAGAGUUCAAGGUCAGCCUGUACUACACAGUGAGACCCUGUCUCCAAAAAAGGAAGGAAGAAAAAAGAAUUCCAAUACUCAGCUCCUGGCGUGCAGCCCCGGUGAACCGAGUCCAUGGCCAGCACCACUAACGUGACCGAGUUCGUCAUCACCGGGCUCUUCCAGGACGCAGAGGUGCAGAGAGCGUGCUUCGUGCUCUUCCUCCCCGUGUACCUGGCCACGCUGGUAGGCAACGGCCUCAUCGUCCUGACGGUCAGUGUCAGUGACAGCCUGCGCUCCCCCAUGUACUUCUUCCUGGGCUACCUGUCCCUGGUGGAGAUCUGCUACUCCUCCACCGUGGUCCCCAAGUUCAUCUCGGAUCUACUGUCCAAGAUGAAAACCAUCUCCUUCAAGGGCUGCCUGGCCCAGAUCUUCUUCUUCCACUUCUUUGGGGUCUCCGAGAUCCUCCUGCUCACAGUGAUGGCCUAUGAUCGCUACGUGGCCAUCUGCAAACCCCUUUACUACACAAUCAUUAUGAACCGACCUGUGUGUCACCGCUUGGUGGCUGGCUCCUGGCUGGGGGGCUUUUUUCAUUCCAUGAUUCAGAUUCUCAUCACCAUCCCUCUGCCCUUCUGUGGUCCCAAUGUGAUUGACCACUACUUCUGUGACCUCCAUCCUUUAUUCAAGACUGCAUGCACUGACACUUUUAUGGUAGGAAUUAUUAUGUUUGUCAACAGUGGAUUAUUCUCUGUAAUCUCCUUUCUCUUCUUGGUGUGCUCCUAUGUGGUGAUCCUGUUCAGCUUGCGGAACCAUUCUGCAGAGGGCAGGCGCAAAGCCCUCUCCACCUGUGCCUCUCACAUCACGGUGGUCCUCCUGUUUUUCGGACCUGCCAUCUUCCUCUACUUGCGUCCCGCCUCCACCUACACUGAGGACAAGCUGGUGGCUGUGUUCUACACGGUCAUCACCCCCAUGCUGAACCCCAUCAUCUACACACUCAGAAAUGCGGAGGUGAAAAUCGCCAUGAGGAAGUUGUGGGGCAAGUCUGUGAACUUCAGGAUGAAAUAAAAAUGAAAACAUGUGAGGCAAAAUUGUACAGAAUGAUUAAAAAUGUGAUCUGACUUUAGUCAACUGUGAGGGAACAGAGCAAGAGUUAACCCUGUAUGAUUUUCUGUUGUGUUUUAAUUGAUCCCACUUUAAUUCCAUGGUAUUGUAUCAAGCACGUCACUGCUGUCACUAUUUUGGAAUGGGUUCACAUUGGGGUUUUUUCCGUCUGUUUUCCAAGAGUCUGUAGUGCAAGUUGUAUAGAAUUUUGGCUGGGUCACCCGAAAUGGAAUUCCCCCUGUCACUUUUCGGCUGUGUGUCCUUCAUGUCAUCUCUGGUGUUAGUGUGCUGUAUUAUGUUCAAAGAUCAAAUCAGUUGGGGACAAAAGUUCAUACGUUGCCAAUGAGAUCUUGGGGGACUCCCAGGAAGGCUUCUGUAUGUCAUUGGUCAUCUCCUCCUGUUAGCCGAAAUUCCAUGGAAGGAAGUUUACUUCAGGAGGGAGAGGGGUAUUGCUGGAAUGCAAAUGUGGGAGGUAAAAUACAAGAAACCUAAUCAGCACAAUUUUAUGAAACUCUUAGUUGUAGACUGCGGUGAUCUAUGCUGUGUGUCACUGAGUGGUACAGUUAGGAGUGCAUUUGGUUGCAAAUAAGAUUCAAGCUGUUGAACACUGGGCUCAGGUCAAUCCAGCCCCACACCUCCUGUGUGUCUUUGUGUGGCCUAUGAGCUAAGAAUGGCUUUUGAACGAUGGCAAAAAAUAGACUCAUCAUCUUGUGAAGCACAAGAGUUACCUGAAAUUAAAAUUUUAGCCGGGAAUUUAGCUCUGCGGCGCAGUGCCUGCCCAUCAAGUGCGAGGUCAUGAGUUCGAUUUCCGGUACCAAAACAAAACAAAACAAAAAGUUUAAAAUGUCUUUGUCCAUAAUACAGCUUCACGGAAUGACUGCCAUGCACAUAUUUUGCAUGCUGUCUUUUUCUGUCUCUGUGCUACAGUGGUAUAGCUGAGUAGUUGUGACAGAGACUUUGUAAUUUGCAAAGCCUAAAAUGUUAGUAUUUUUUUGGAACAAGUUUGCCCUUGGUUUAAACCAUAACACCACUUAUUGCUUUCUUAAGGAGAUGUUUGGGGGUUGGGGGCCCCAGGUGUGUUUCUACUUCUAUGAUGGCGGCAUGCCGGGUUGGCGCCUCCUCAGCGCCUAGGCUCCGCUGCCAUGUUUGCCCUUGUAAUAUGGCGGCAGCUCCAAGCAUCAUUUAUUCACACGAGGGGCGCAAGAGGCCCACUUUAUUUUGGGAAAUAUUUCUGAGACACCCUGGCACAGUUUCUCUUAAUUUUACGCUUGCUAGCGUGACCUAAGUCGGAGAUGCCUCGGAGGCUGGGAGAGGGACAACGGGAUUGUACACAGAUCAGGCGCAGUGUCUGCCCCGGGCUGGGCGUGGCUGCUUGAUGCGCCAGGGUCUGUCCUGAAGGACGAAGCAGCUGCCAUGCCUGUCACAAGUUUUUGUGAGAUGGCUUCAGGGUAGGAGGUGUUUCCAGCACAUGAGAUAGGUAAGGAUUUGACUCUGAUUUCAGGCUGACUGAAUGAUCCAACUCCACCACUCUAUGACUGUGCAAACUUUAGAGUGGCCAAAAUUCUCAGUGUCCACAACGUAGAAAUUUGAGGCCAAGUAUAAGAACCAUUUACCAGUGAUGCCACAGUUUUCCUGGGAAGGGGCCCUCUGGUGGACAUGAAGGGUAGGAGGUAAAGGGGGUGCCCUAGGGUAUGAUGCCUGGAAACAGUGAAUGAGAGCCAAACUACCCUUCGAGUCCCUGAAGGCCGAAAGUGGGUCUUGUGUGCAUGUGUCCUUUUGUAGUCGAAGUUUUGGGCCAGUUCACUGCAAGUAAAUUUGCCCAAUUUUCACUUUGCUAACAUAAGUGAAUUACUGCAGAAAUAAUUUAUUUUUUAGUUCAUCUGGCACGUGACUCAAUCCUUUAUAAUAUGAAUGAGGUGAUGAUCAAAAAAUACAGUGAAUGUUUAAAUUUAAAAAUUUUUAUUUCCUCAAAAGACACAUUGCUAUUAAUCCCAUUCGAAAGACUCCCCUUCUCUUUGAACACACCUAUCUCAUUGUUCUCGCCGCUUUCUGAAGCAGUUCUGGAAGUCCUCUUUUGUGUGGGUCUGGUUCUUCUGACCUGGCUUCUUCAAUGUCCUGACUCAAUUCAAAACAUUUUCCUUUCAUGGUCAUUUUGACACUGGGAAGAGCCAGAGGUCGCACAGU